AUGGCUUCUACUGGUUUGAGUCCUGUAAUGGAAAUUGAGAAUCUUAACAUCACACCAAAGCCAAACUGGCUUGAACUUCCUAGAGAGAUAACCAAGAACAUACUGCAGAGACUUUGCAGAUUAGAAAAGAUUUGUCACUAUGUUGUUGAUCGAAGUUGUGGUCAUCUCAAAGACAUUUAUAUUAAUAAAUUCGGAAUCGAUGAUUUCCUCCGUCACAUUGCUCAAAGUGCAAGUCACCUGAGAUCCAUGAGGCUAGAAAAAUGCUAUGACAUUUCAACUGCAGCAUUAUAUGAAGUUGUGAAGAAUCAGCCAUUCUUAGAAGAGCUUGACAUUUUCCACAAUUUUUAUGAAGAAACUGAAUUUUUUGAACAUAUAGGCCAAAGUUGUUCAGUUUUGAAAUCGCUGAAAUUUAGCCCUUAUAUUGAGACACUAGACAGUAAGUCCGAUGAUGUUGCAUUUGCUAUUGCGAAAGCAAUGCCUAAGCUGCUCCACCUUGCGAUUUUGAACAAUGGGCUAACUAACAAUGGAUUGCUAGCUAUUUUAGAUGGAUGCCCUCUUCUUAAGUCUCUUGAUGUUCAAGGAUGCUUUUAUCUCGAUUUGGAUGAAAGUUUGACUCAAAGAUGCAGGGAACAGAUCAAAGAAUUAAGAUUUCCAUCUGAUUCUAUAGAUAAUAAAUUUAAGUUUGGUGAUUAUGCUAUCCAUGUGCAGUUGAGAAUGUGUUCUGAUUUAGAUGAUUUUGAUUUGUCUUUGGUAGAUCAGAUUUAG